GUAUCAGAUAAUGAGAGGUGGUGGUUUCCAUAACAGUUUGCGUGGUAAGGGUCCAAGUAGUUUAACACGACCAGUAGACAAGACCAACCAACAAUCCUCCAACAACAAUGAGAAUGAUAGAAACAACAAAAAUAGGUUUCCGCCUUCAUCAAUCUCUCCAAAGAAAGAUCUCAGAGGUAGAGAUGGUUCCAACUGGUCUUCUUUUCAGAACAGUGGAGCUUCAGCGUGCGAACAGGCUCCUGACAGUGGUCCACGAACUGACAUGGACUCUUGGGAUCCUCUCAGGGAUGAUUUCAAGAACAAUAAAUUCUCAGACCGGGAUUUCAAACGGGGUGGUAACAAUGAUCCCUCAGUGCACGUGUCCCAAAUCCCCCCUCAAAUAAACGAGGACGGGUUGAGGAACUUGUUUGUGGACAAGUUACCCCACUUCAAGCCUACUCGAGUGAGUGUUCCUUCUAUGAAAGAGGGACACAAAACUAAGAUUGGGUUUGUGCACUACCAGACACUGGAUCAAUGUCAGGAAGCUAUCAGACUGAUGAGUGGGCAUCCUUUAGGUUCUUCAUUCCUCCGUGUGCACCUAGGCAAGAAAUUCCUGAACAUGAAACAGGGAGGAGACAACUUAAGGAAUGGAGGGGACAACUUAAGGAAUGGAGGGGACAACUUCAGGAAUGGAGGAGACAACUUCAGGAAUGGGGGAGACAACUUCAGGAAUGGAGGGGACAACUUCAGGAAUGGAGGGGACAAUUUCAGGAGCAGGGGGUCAGAGAUGAGCCCAAACCGAACAAACGGCCGCAGUCCUAAAGGAAGUGUUAGCAGUGUCAGUCGGAGAGCGAGUCCUGGUAUCUUCUCAACCAGAGCAGACGUCCUCAAUGGAGGAAACCAGACGUCUGUAAAACUCAGUGAGCCAGUUGAUAAAACGUUCUGUGCGAAGUGCAAGAUGCCGGCCACAAAUGCUUGUGGACCUUGCGAAGGUCUGACCUUUUAUUGCGGAUCAACAUGCCAGAUGGCAGAUUGGCCUGCUCACCAGUUGAUAUGUGUAGGAAGUAUUGGGAGUAAACCCAACCAGCAACAUAAGGAUAUUCAGCAAAACGGUCCCUCCAUUCCACGUGCUCCAAUUAGUCCAGAACCGAUCAAGCCACUAAAAAUGACGUCCUUACCGAAGAUUUCAAUCCCAGAUAGUUGCAAGUGUUUGUGGGUGUCGGGAUGCUCCCCACUUCAGUUCCACGUGCAGCUUACAGAUAACCAGGAGGUUAUAGAGAACAUUAUAGAGACUAUGUACAGUUUGUGUCCUGAACAACCCGCUCCCUCUCACUUUAAACCAGAAGUGGGUGAUGUUAUCUCAGCCCUGUAUAACGACGGUAACUGGUACAGAGCCGAAGUUCUGACUACUGGCGAAGAUAAGAUUAAAGUGAGGAUGUUUGACUUCGCGACGGAGGACGAGGUCAGGGUACAGGAUAUAAGACCCACCGCUCACCUGGUGCACGUGAUGCCCCAGGCUGUGCCGUGCCGUUUACACGACUUGCUGGUCCCAAACGAGCACUCAGAGCAGGUCCUGCAGUUCUUCUCCAGUCACCUGCAGCAGAGUGGGAGUGAGCUGAAACUUAGUAAAGUAGACGAGGUGGACGGGGUGUUUAGAGUUAAUCUUACUCUGGUAUCGGGGGAGGAUCUUGGAGAUUUGAUGGUCGCUAAUGGACAUGCGUCUCGUGCAAGCGGACCCAAGAAAAACCCUUAUAUUAGUAUAGAUGACACAAGGGACCAGAUUGUACUAGACAAGGCUUAUCCUGCUAAUGUGUCCUACAUAACUAACCUUAAAGAGUGUUACGAGAACAAAGCUGAGGGUGACGAGGAAGCAGAAGGUGAAGAGGUACUAGACCUCUGUGACGUUGUAACAGUGGGACAGUUCUUAUCCUCAUCGGUUGUUUGA